AUGAGUAACGCAGGCAGUGUUGAUCUCGAAUCUGUUCUCAAUGUUUGCCGACGAACAUUGGCAUCCAUUGGUGAAAAGUCGCCAAAUCGUUAUCAACCUUACUAUACAGACACGAUUUAUCUAAAGCGUGAAGAUAGCUCCAAUUCGUUACUUUCGAUUGAAUCGAAAGUUCUUAUUUUUGGUGAAUUACAGCUUCUCUACUCCAUAUUCGAACGUUACACUUCGAAUAUAACGAUUUACGAAGAUGAAUCGCCCACUCGACGUUCAUCGUCACCGCCGUUAAAAAAAAGCUUUUCCACAGUAGACGAAGAUGAUGCUAAUGAUGAAGGUCUACCUGUUGUCUCGACUGUUCGCCAAACUUCAAUCACAUCAUCGAAGGAUUCAGCGAGUCCACCGAAAGCACCUGGUAGUCCUGUUCGAAAACAACUGAAUUCAAUCGGCCGAUCUCAAACUGUUAGUUCACUGACGAGUACUUACUCAUCGAUUAGUCUCGAGGGAAAGAACUAUGGAUGUGUCGAGCUUCCCAAUACAUCCAUCAUUGAAAUCUUAGAAAUUCUGCUACGCACUCGAAUGGAUUUAGUUGAUGUGUCGAGUGAUUACGAUGAUAAAAAUGUUCUUCAUCAAAAUUUUGUUUUCUCAAAAACUCGGCCCGUAGCUCAAAAACCUCGACAAACUCUUUCGCGAUCCACCUCAUUCGCAGGAAGUUAA